CUACUAUCUAGUUAGGUAAUCAGUUAUUUAUUUUCGUAACGAUUUAAAAAAAUAGUUUAUAUAAAAAUUAUCAAAUUAUAAUAAUAUAUUUAGUCUUCAUUUAAAAAAUAUAUAACACAAUCAAAGUUAGAAACUUAAAAAUGUACCAGAAGCUGAAAAGAUUAGCCAAUCAUGAGGUAAUCCUAUUUUAUUUAUCGAUUGAUCAUGGGCAGUUAAGAUAAAAAAUAUAAAAAUUAAUAAAAAUGGAAUUUGAAGCUAUAAAGGAAAGUUCAAGGAUUAUUUAAAACACCUAUUCAUUUCUUAUCACGUAAAUUACACUCGAAAAAUUUAUCAUUAGAAGGUUGCACUUUUAUUAAGUUUAGUAAAACAAAGUAUUGAUUUUUGCACAGUAUUUAAUUAUUUAUUAAUAUAAUAACGCAAUGGCGCCUCAAAAUGCGCAAAAUAUAGUGAUCGGGGCUGAAUUAGAGCGAUUAAUUGAUAUACCUUUAGGAGAAUUACUACUUAGACUUCUUAAAUCAUUCGAAGAUAAUAUUCUUCAAGUAGAUGGCGAAACUGGAGAGGAAUUACCAGCUAGUUUGCUAUUAAAAAAAUCAACUAAGCUAGCGAAAUGGUUAUUACACCAAGGAAUAAAAGUAAACGAUAAUAUUUCUAUAAACAGUGAGAAUAGAUUGGAAUUUUGUAUAGUCCCAGUUGCAACUUUAUUUUCUGGUGCUACUUUCGCCCCAUUGAAUCCAGAUUAUACCCCACGUGAAUUGAAACAUGUAUUAGGUUUAUCAAAACCUAAAUUAAUAUUUUGCUCCAGUAAAACUAUUGAUAAGAUUGUAUCGAUUUUACCUGAUCAUCCCUAUGUGGAAAAGUUGGUAUUAUUUGGUGAUGAGCCUUGCAGUUAUGCUGGUGUUGUCAGAUAUGAUGAUAUUGUGAAAGGUGCUGAAGUUGAGGAAAUAGACGAAGAUUACGAGACGGUACCUCUUGAUCCAGUACAAACUGUAGCAACUAUUUUAUGUUCAUCAGGUACAACAGGUUUACCAAAAGGUGUAAUGUGCACCCACGAUAAUAUGACUACCUAUAUAGAUAUAAGCAGAUCGAUUAUGGGUGAAAUAGUCGAUAACGACGACCCCAGCGAUGCUAUGAUGGGACUGAUACCAUUUUUCCAUUCAUUCGGCUUCAUGCUAAUGUUCCUCAACCUCCUCAGAGGUAAAAAGAUGGUAGUCCUAGGUAAAUUCAAACCGAAAAUCUUCCUAGACGCUAUAGUGAAAUACAAAGUUACUAGACUGAUAGUCCCACCACCAGUAUUAUUAUUCUUACUAAAGAGUCCAAUGGUGCAACAUUACGAUCUAUCCUGUAUCAAAGAAAUGCGCAGCGGUGCAGCUGCAAUGGGUAAAGACAUGGAACAAGAAUUGAAACAAAAAUUUAAAGUCCAACAUGUAUCUCAAGGUUACGGAAUGACAGAAACCACCCUUGGUGUCUUAGUCUCACCUCAUGGUAAAAGCAAAAUCGGUUCCUGUGGACAAAUAGUACCAGGAAUGAUGGCGAAAGUAAUAAACGAAGACGGUGUCCCACAAGGACCUUUCAGCGAAGGCGAAAUAUGCUUCAAAGGUCCUUUAAUAAUGAAAGGUUACAUCGGAGAUCCACAAUCCACACACAGUACUAUAGAUAAAGAUGGCUGGCUACAUACUGGAGAUGUAGCUUACUACGAUAACGAUGGGUACUUCUUUAUAGUCGACAGACUUAAAGAAUUGAUCAAAUACAAAGCUUUCCAAGUCGCUCCAGCUGAAUUGGAAGCUUUACUGCUGACUCAUAAUUCUAUCCAAGAUGCUGCUGUGAUAGGAUUGCCGAAUGAAGACGCUGGAGAGUUACCAUUAGCUUUUAUAGUAAAGAAACCUGGUAAAAAUGUUACUGAAAGGGAGGUGGAGAAGUUUGUGGAAGACAAUGUAUCUGUGCAGAAAAGAUUACGAGGUGGUGUGAUAUUUAUAAACGAAAUUCCUAGAAAUGCUAGUGGGAAAAUACUCAGAAGAGUGUUAAGAGAAAGGGCAGUUAGGCUUAAGUCAAAAUUGUAAAAACUAUUUCCCAAAUGAAAACAAGUAUUUUGUAUUUAUGUUAGGUUAUUAAUAAAUGGUUGUUGUGAAGUUUUAUUAUUGUUUUUUUUUUUUUAGUUCCAAUAGAAUUUGAAAAGUAUACAAGAUAAAGAGGUAAGAUUUGGGAGACAUUUUGAAAUAAAUCUGAGCAGUUACUGAUGCUCAUACUGAUACUCACAUUUUAGUUCAGAUAAUCGGAGAGAGGUCGAAGACUACGCAAUACUAAAUAAAUACAAAAAAAACACUAAAGAAAAAACAGUACAAUAAAAUAAUAUUUUUUUUUUGUAUUUUUUAGUAUUCUUUUAGUAAAAUAAAUAAAACAUACUAGAAAAAUACUAAAGUAAUAAAAAAUAAACUAAAAAAUACUUCG